GGAAUCGAUCAAAUUGUUUUGGGAGUGAAGAUAUUGAAGUGAUUUAUCGCUUGCAAAUUCCAUUAUUUCGAGUCUGCAUGGGCAAGAAAAGCUUGAAAGGUGCACUCAAUUGCUAGUCUAGAGAAUUGAGUGGAUGUCUACCCAGACAGAAUUGACGAAUAAGUUCUAAGGAAUAUUUUAUUUGGGGGAAAAGAAGAACUMCCAUUAUGGCGACUGUCAAUGUGGCCGUGGGAAUGAGAGUAGAGACGGCGGCGAAAGGCUAUAAGGGCACUGUGGCUUAUGUUGGAGCUACGCAGUUUGCUUCAGGGAAAUGGAUUGGUGUCGUACUUGAUGAACCAAAAGGCAAAAAUGAUGGAUCAGUCCAAGGUAAAGAGUACUUCAAAUGUCCUGAAAACCAUGGAAUCUUUGUACGACAGUCUCAAAUUAACAUAAUAGAYUCCAAGGUAGGAUCACCAUCACCACCCAGAGCAUCRCAACUCAGACAGCCAGCUAGUGCCUUGAAGAAGGAAAAGUCAUUUGGCUCGAGAGGCUCACUUGAAAAUGUUGCAAACCAAGCCAAGAAAUCCCCGCCAACCUCUAAACUACAAAGCCCUAAAACAAGCACAGUAGCACCACCUCCCUCAAGUCUGACUGCAACAGCAGCUGCACCUUCCGCAGGUCUUCCUGCACCAUCUAGUGUCACUGCUACACCAGUCACUAAGUCUGCUAGUUCAGACAUCAAACAGUCUCCUUUUGGUUUUAAACCUGAGAGAAAGCCAUCAGGUCCUACUAUAUCAGCUGAUGAGUUCUUGGAGCUGCAGCGCAAAGUUAUAGAAAAAGACAAAACUAUUGUAGACCUGGAAGGAAAACUAGACACUCUAAAAGCUAAACGACAAGAAGAUAAGUACAAAAUGAAGGAUCUGGAGAAAGCCAGAAUGCAGUUAGAGCAGAUGAUAGAAUAUAAAAGCAAAUGGCAAGAAGCUCAAAGAGAUUUGCAAAACCAGCUUGCAGCAGCUAAAAAGGAGUUAAAAGAAGCACAUACAAACAAAGACGAYCACUCUGAUGAACUUACAGAGUUACAGGAAGCUGUGGAAAUGGCUACUUUAGACAAAGAAAUGGCUGAGGAAAAGCUUGAAACCCUUCAACAAGAAAAUGAACAGUUAAAGGACAGAGUAGAAGAAUUAACUCUUGACCUGGAAAUCCUUAAGAAUGAAAUUAGUGAGGGAGGAAUGGAAGGAGCUGCUGCAAAUGCUCAAGUGAAGCAACUUGAACAGCAAAACAGCAGGCUAAAGGAGGCCAUUGUCAGGAUGAAGGAACUUCAGGUCAUUGACAAACAGCAAAUUCAAUCCCUGCAAAAACAAGUCAAAGAUCUCCACAAUGCAAACACCACCUUAGAGAGUGAGAGAGACAAAUUAUUAGAAGAAUCACAGGAGUUAGAGUCUACACUUGCAGAGCUGAAAGAGCAGGUUGAUACAGCACUUGGUGCAGAAGAAAUGGUUGAAAUUCUAACUGACAAGAAUUUAGAACUUGAAGAAGAGCUAACAACGUUAAAAGAAACUGUUGCAGAUUUGGAAGCAUUAAGGGAUUUAAACGAAGAGUUGGAAGAAUCUCACAUUCAGACAGAAAAAGACUUGAGAGAGGAAAUUGAUAUGUCAAGAAACAAAGUGGUUGAGGCUGAGCAUAAAGUAGAGUUGGCACAAGAAUCCAUUGUGGACUAUCAGCAGACCAUUGAAAAGUUCCGUGAACUGGUAACAAAACUACAGGAAAGCAAUCGUGUUAACCAAGAAAAGACAGAAGRCAUMAGUGGAACACCAGAUAUUGUGCUGCCUCAGGCAGAGAUUAUGGACUUUAAAGUCAAGUCAGCAGAAAUCAAGUCUUUUGCUAAGACUGUAGACAAUGAAAUGAGAAAGUUUGAAGUAGAACAAGCAAAUGAACACAUCAAAAUGCUGAAUAGCUUUCUGCCUGAUGCUUUCCUACGGAGAGGGGGUGAUAAUGACAGCAUACUCUUACUUCUUCUUAUUCCAAGAAUGAGUUUCAAGUGUGAGCUUCUUAUUACUCAACUUGGUAGAAAGUAUGAGAUUGCUGAGUGUCUUGAUGACCUUUCACUGAUCCAAGGUCACAAAGGAGAUGCCCUAACCUUUGCUACUGGACUUAUGUACCUUCUUUCCACUUUACAAGCUGUAGUCAAACAUAUGGAGAGGGCUUUGCAUAAAUGUGAUACAAGUUUGUUCAACAAACUUGUUGGUAUUUACCCUGAACUAGCYGUACAUGAGAGGGCUUUGGAUACUUUCAUAGAUCUGCUAAGAAAGGAUGUUCUUGAUGAGAAUAUUGCUAUGGAACCUCUGGAAAAGGCCAUUCACUACUACAAGACAAUGACCACAUUUCAUCUUGGAACUGACCCGAUUUCUUGCACUGAGUAUCUCAACGACCACCUCAAAAUACUCACUCAGGCAUGUGAUGAGAUGACCAUUGACAUAGAAAGACUUAAGACCCUGGCUAAAAAUUGUCUGGAAGGCAGUGAGUUUGGAGCCCUUGUUCAGGAUAUGGAGUUGAGAAAUGUGGAAGUGCGGCAGCUUUGUAAGAAGAUUAAAAGACGCAUACCACAAGAUGGCAAAAGUGUCUUAAAAUUUUCAGAAAAGAUUAUGGCAGAGUUAGUUGAAUGUGUUACCCGGCAGCAGUUGUUGGUCAAGUUUGCUCAAGAUUUAGUGUCUAUUGUUUCACAAAAGGCUGCUGCCCUUCCAGAUAAUGAGCAUCUGCUUAGUGGUCAGCUUGAAGAGAUGUCUCUAGAUGUCACAGUUCUUGUCUUUGAAAAAGAUGACAUCACUGCUGCAAUGGCUUGCAGUGAUACUUUUCAUUCUGUCAUGUCAUUCUUGGCUGGUUUUGCAMUCAAGAUCCAAGAGGGAGAGUAUGAUGCAGAGCCUGUUGAUGAACCAAAGGUUCAACCACCUUACUUGGUACGUUCCAAGUCAUUCAAGUCAGAGCUCUUUGAUACUGCUGGUGUUGAAGAAAAGCUAUUACAGAAGGACCAAGAUAUGCUUGAUUUGAAGAAGAGUGUUAAACUAAAGGUAAAAGGCUUUAUUUAUAAACGCUUGGAGAAUGCUUCAAAAGAGGCUGAUGUUCGUGUUGAGGGUGCUAACCGUAAAGUGGAGCAAGCGCAGGAAGAGCUACGGAAAAAGGAAAGAGAGUUUGAAGAUACUAUGGACCAACUUCAAGGAGACAUUGAUGCUUUAGAGAAAGAAAAGGGCGACAUGAAGAAAAGACUGGAUGCCUACUCUAAGAAGACGUUAUUGGCAGAUCUUGCACGACAUGCCUCAUCAUCAUCCAGUAUUGCAGCAGUGGUUGCAGGUGCUGCAUCUGGUAAAGGUGGUACAGGAAGCCCAAUAAGAGGACUAGUUGGGCCAGGCCAACAGCCAGUUCAAGUAGUUAUCAAAGACUCGCCCAUCGUAUUGGCACAGGUGGAAUCUCUGAAGAUUGCCUUAAAACACCUAAAAARUGAGAACAUUCGUAUAAAAAGUCAACAUUAUAAGAAAAUACUGAAUGAUCUCCCAGAGAUUUAUGUACCGCCUUCGUUUACACAACGAAGUCAGACUGAAGACGCGACUAAAACGCCAGAAGAUCCUGACAACAGCGUYCCAACGCUCGCAUCGGUAUCUAAAGAGACAUCGUCAUUGCUCCAGAAACUACAAUUGAUGAGCGCUACUCCUGCCGUUGUAGACAUUUCAAAAAGAAAGCCAGGAUCUAUUCCCGCUGUUACUAAACUGACUCCUUCUAACCAUUUACUUGAAUAUACUGCUGAACUGAUGCAACUCAAGAAACAGAAGGAAGAGCUUCAAGGUAAAGUGCAACGAUUGAUCGCUGCGGAAUAUAGUGGUGGACAACCAUCAUCUUCAUUUUCAUCUUUCUUGUCGCCAACCUUUACAAAGGUUUUGCAAGAGAAAUCCCAGGCACCUCAACUUGGACGAAUCACAAUCCCAGUGACAGGUCACGCGAAACCUGACCAGUUCUCGGUCACUCUGAAACCAACAGAAUUCCAAAGUUUACACACUGUAUUUAUUAGGUAGAUAUGAAUAGGAGAUGACAUUACCAUCGGGCAUUGCAGGGAUUCACACGAAGCGUUCGCUGUUACUCUAGAGCUUAUAGCGGUCUUGAGGAAAGUUGUUGAGUAGCUUAGUAAAUUAUAUUUAUGUGAAAGUUUGAGACAACGCAAAUCUGAUUUAACCCUUUCCCUACGGCCAUCGGUAUUAUCAGUACUACAGAGCUGAUAUCUUCAAAAAUUAUAAUUUCCUCAAAUCGUUAGAUGCGGCUAAAAUAUUAGCUCUGMCAAGUCAACUAGACAACAAAUUCAAUAUUCCAAUUCAAAGCAUGUCCAGGGAAUCAAGUUCGUUGGCUGAAUAAGACUUCUGUUUUGGCGUGGACGCUCAGUUCUAGAUUUUGCACUUCCUGGGCCAACAGCGAAAAGUACCUUAUUUGGAAGUUAAACAAUUUAUGGAAUUAAUACACAGAAAAAUACUUCAAAAUCGACAAGUUUUUUGUCGUAGGGAAUGAGUUAAAGAUGUUUUACUGAAGGUUUCGUCGGUCACCGACGGGAGCAACAGCAAAUGACCGUUAUCGUUUCGCAGUGCUAGAGUUCGCAGAAAACGGAAAAUCGCAGUAGGUGGGCAGUCUUGCGUGAUUCUUCUGUGCAUUAGGGUCCAGCUUCACUACAAGCAAAUUUGACCUCGUGAACCGAAAUAAUUUUUUUGUACCCAAUCUGGACCACAAUGCAAUGCGCAAUUCAAUUUCAAAGUCAUUCGAGCUGUAGUCUUCAAAACUCGAUUAGCUUCAAGGCUAACUAAAUAAGUUAAUCUAGGUUGAAGGUUGAGUUAAUUAAGGUGAAUGUCUAUCAUGACAGACUUGAAAACCUAAUGAUGGCAAGUUGUCUACAGGGUCGUGUUCAAUMACAACCGUGACUAUGGUUUCUCAUUACCCUGGUCCAAGGGUUUCGAACUUUCUUUCUUGUUUGGUGAAGCCUUGCUGUAAAAGCCCACUUUCAAUAUCUUCGUUGACUGACCAAGACCAAGAGAAUUUAAGACGAAUAAACGACUGUYCACCAGUGAGCAACCAGAAUAUGGAAGGUGGGCUAUAAGGAAAUAAUAAAAUUAACUUGUGRUGAACGGGUUAAAAUAAUAAACACUAUUGAAAUAUCAA